GUCAUCUAUAUUUGUUUACAUUGUAUAUUAUAUUGCUUAUAUUUCAAAUUCAUAUUAUUGUUAGUAUAUUGGAGGAUUAACUUUGUUAAAUAUUCGUUCAAAUAAAACCUACUAAUUCCUUAUAACGUCUACUUUAAGAGAAAGUUAAGGCCAGGAGCCUAAGGGCAUGAAUUGAUUGAGUAGACGAGUAAGGGUAAUCCAAAAUAAACUCUGCUUUUUUAGUAGAAAAAACCUUAAAAUAAUCUAUUCGGUGACCUAUUAGCCCCAGUUACAUCCUUGUUUUUAAAAAUGGAACACCAGAACAUUGAAGGUGACCUAUGUACAGAGCAGUUACCGCAGAGUCAAACUAGCGAGGAAAACCAGGCUAUUUCCUCUGAUAAUAAUAAACAAGGUGAAUAUUUGGAUUCAACAACGUUAGUAAGUGAUUUAAAUGAAGAAGGAACGAGUGCUCGCUGUCCGUUUAGAAAACCGACUGUAGAAGAAACAAAUUAUCACAUCCUCGAUGAGUUAGAAGAACAAGAUGAUUCUGAUGAGUCUUAUGAAUAUGACUCAGAUAUACCGGAUGAGGAAGUUGAGAGAAUGCUGGAGGAGGCAUUGGAAAGAAAGAAGAGAAAAGCUGAUGAAGCUGGCCUCGACUCAGAAGUACCAUUUGAGGAAAGAACUAAGAUUGUUGUAAUAGAAAAGGGCAAGAAUCAUUUUGAUGUUUUACCAGAGGACUGGUUGCAAGUGAGCCAUAACAGUGGCAUGCCAAUUUAUUUGCAUAAAACCACUAGAGUUUGCACCCUAUCUAGGCCUUACUUCUUAGGCCCCGGGUCCGCUAGGAAGCAUUUAAUACCAGUGAAUGCCAUACCUUGUCUCAGUUACCGUAAGGCGAAAGAUCACGAACAAAAUCAGAAAAAAGAGUCGACGGUGGAGCAGAACAAAAGUGCCCUGACAGAAAACAUGCCCAACGCAAAAAUAGAAACUGUCCAAGAAAAUAUUGAGAUGCAAAACCUCACACCAGAAGAGCUAAGGGAUUACUGUGGGAAACUCUUCGAGUUUCAAGCCAUUAACGUGCUUCGAUUCAAAUCCUGGUCUGAGAGGCGAAAAUUCACUAAAAGAAAGAAACAAGAAAGUCAACUGCAAAGACCCACCUUACCGGACGGCACCAAACUGAUCACGUUCCCUAUCAAGGCGGCAGAUAGUGGAGAAAAAUCGAAUCCCAGUUCCAGAAGGGAGUGGAUCAUGAACCCCAACGGCAAAUCGUACGUGUGCAUUCUACACGAGUAUGUGCAGCACGCUUUAAAAAAACAGCCUACAUAUGUUUUUACUGAAUUGGAAAACGCGGCCACUCCAUAUGCGGCAACCGUGAUGAUCAAAGAUAUGAAAUAUGGGGUCGGAUACGGAACUAGUAAGAAACAGGCGAAAUCGGAUGCGGCCAAGGCCACUUUAGAGAUACUCAUACCGGAAAUGAAGUCUAAAAUCACCGCUGAUACACAGUCUGGUUGUGCAAAACGCGAUAAAGAUCAGGACCUGUCGUUCUUCGACGAGAUUCGGGUGGAAGACCCUCGAGUGGCGGAAUUUUGCGCUAAAACCACCGAACCGGCCCCCUACGACAUCCUACUCACUUGUCUCCAACGAAAUUUCGGUUUAGACGACCUCAAAAUCAAUUAUCAAGGGAACACCUCGAAACACCAGGGCAACGAGUUUAAAAUGACCGUGGGCAAAUAUACGACGACGGUCGCGUGUAAAAAUAAACGCGAUGGGAAGCAACGGGCUUCCCAGUCGAUUUUGCAAAUGUUACAUCCGAGCAUCACGUCCUGGGGUUCACUUUUGAGACUUUACGGUAACAGAUCGGUGAAGAGUUUCAAAGAGAAGAAACUCGAGGAGCAGGAGAUCACUUGUUUGCAAAGUAAAGCGGCCGUGAAUCAGCCGAAUUAUGCCAUUUUGAAUAAAUUGAAGAUGGAACUGGGCAAGUUGAACGAGAAGAGGAAGUCUUUGAACCCCGUUGGACUGUUGAACACUUUGGAGAAUACUGUGGAACCGUUGAAUGUUUAACGGUUGAAAUGUGAAGGGGUAGUCCAGUGGUUAUAUUUGAAUUUUUUGGAUUAGAUUUUCUAAUAGAGGCAAUAUUUUAUUGCCUAUAGUCCAAGACUUAUAAGGCCCCAGAUGAGAGUAGUGCAGACUUGGAACAUUGAAUAAAUUGCUUAUUGUUUUUUUGUUUUAUUAAAAAUAGUAUAAUGAUA